AGUUAAGGCACGGCGAUCAAGAUUUCGGUGCCUUUUGUUUCUGAUGAACCGGCGGAAUGGGUGACAGAGGUUGACAAAAGGUCACAUUUACAACCGGCGAUCAGCGGCGUUGUAGCUGGUGGUGUACUCUCCACUGACUCCCUCCCAUGAUGCACGUUAGCAGACUGCGACGCAGCCCUGGGCAGAGUCCAUACCGCAGUCUUAUCACCAUUCGAUACGAUCCUUGCCUGAUGGUAUGUAUAAGGGUCAAGUAUCUGGCAAAGAAAUAUGCAUGCAUGUGGCUGGGUAGGUCAUUCUCAUGCAAGCUGCAUGCAAGCGCCGAAAAUCAGCUGCGGUUUUGAUGUCUCCCCUACUUGAGCGCUGGACUCAAGGACCCAAGGUCGGCUCUUUCUAUCGACCGCGGCUUGCAAUGAUCAGGCACAUUGAAUAGGGGUCUCUGGGUCUCUUACACACCCAAUCAGAGGUUUGCUCCGCCGAUCGUUGAUGUGUGGAAGACACGGUUGACAGGCGGACCUGUACCAUCUCCUCAUGCAUGCCGUACUCUGCUGAAUAGGCUUGUGCUUGUCCUACGUAAUGGUUAUAAAGAGGCUGUCGACUCCAGAUGCACGAGCCAGGGGAGGCACACUGUUCCUCCCAGACUCCUCGACUUCCAGUUUUCGUCCUUUGUAACAACAACCUCGGGUGCUGCUGCUUGUAGGGCAUUCAAGCCAUGUCAGCCUCUAACGCAACUGCUCCGGCGCCCGCGAUACCCAUAGCCCCUCCGGGCACGAACUUCCUGGCGGUGAUCGCGCCUUCGCUGCGCAGCCUCGUCAUCGGCCAUACGUUCCUUUCCAUCUUCGUGCCGCUCAUUCUCUCCCUCUUCUACUUCUCGACGUCGCACCUGCGCCGGCGCGCGGUGUUCUGGCUCAAUGUCCUCGCCAUCGUCUUGGCCUUUGCCGCUGGUAUCAUGAUCGACGCCCUGGCGAUACAUUCCAUCCUCUCGCCGCAGAGCCCAUGGGGAGCUGCGAUGAACAUCGCUAUCGGGAUCCUUGGAGCGUGGCAGUCGAUCCUUGUUGAUUUCAUCCUCAUGAUCCGUAUCGUCUCCGUGUACCCGUUGCACCGCGUCGGCACAACGAAAUUCGGCUUCAUACUAGCUUUGCCUGUCGCUCUCAAGCUGGAGCGAAUCAUCAACAUGAUCGUCUUCAUCAAGGUUUUGGCGGAUGCCAUGAAGGGACCCAACGGCAACGAGGUCAUUGAGCUCACUUGGGGCAGCACGCCGUACUUGAAGAUCGAGUGGUUCUCGCAGAUCGUUGACAACGCAUACGCCUCAGCGUGCUUCCUCCUCGCGCUCCAAGCCCACAGGCACCAGCGCAGCACAGCCGUCACCUCGACCAAAUCCAACGUCUCCUCCCUCACCGCAAAGCUCCGGACCAUCUUCUGGAUCGCGAUCAGCAACUUCGUCAUCCCGACGCUCCUCUCCAUCGCGCAGAUCAUCGUCGUCUACAGGGCCGUCGACAUCCUCGCGAUCAACGACAUCGUCCUCGUCAACACCUGCGUCGCCGUCAUCGGCGUCGUCUUCGCCACCGUCUGGGCGGGCGCGCUCCAGCGCCGCGAGUCCUCCUCCGCCAUCGGCGCGACCGCGGUCGGAGACGUCGAGCACUCGGCGACGUUCUCCGGCGAGCCCGGGCCGGGGCCGAUGCGGUUCGCGCCGCGCGAUACGACGACGACGACGUUCUCGAUGCGGUCGCGCUCGAAGGGCGGAAUCGAAGACCCUGUUGUCGUCGUUACGGACACCCUGUCGUCAGGCGGAGACAAGAUCGGCCAGAACACCAUCUCCUCAGUCCCAGAGUAUCGCGACUAUGCAAAGUACAUGGGGCAGCUGCAUUCCACUUGACGUCGUUGUACUAUAACUACGAGCAGGGUCACAGAAUCAGUGUUCAUCUCUAAACGAGUGACUGGGAGCUUCAUUCGCAAUCUCGAUGGUCCGUUGGUCAUGGAUAUGGCGGAGAUAAAUAAACUAAAGCUUAAACCGUCCGAAUUCUGUAAGGUAAGUAUCGACUAUGAAAAAAGAGGGCGUAUCGGUAAAAUUCGUGGAGGUAAUGUGGGGGUGAAUAGGCAUACAAUGUGAAACCAAGCUAGAGACACGAAUCCAAAGUUAACGAGAGACGGGGGUGAUCCUAAAUGUAGAUAGAUAAAAAGCAGAAAGAGAAAGUAAUCGUCACGUUGCGGCGAGAGCAACAGUUUAUUGUUGCGCGAGUUUGCCCGAAAAUCCUGCGCUCUGAGGACCCAUUUCACCCGGCGUUGGGGGCAGCACCCGAGGUCUACUACCUGUAGACUGACUAGGGCCCGCACCAGACUCAACACUCGGCCCCUGAGCAGACCACUCGGGAUUAUACGCAGGCGGCAGCCGCGUCGUCCCGGAUCGCUGCAGCCCACUAGGAUUAUACGGCCCAAAAUCCUCCUCUUGCGUCGGCUCGUGCUGCGAGUAUUCCGUCCGCGGGACACCAUGGGAGCUUGAACGCUGCUGCGAGUAGUCCGAUUGCGGGCCGCUGCCCUGCUGCUGCUGCUGCUCGCUGCUGUAGUCCGACUGCGCGUUGCGAUAGUGGGAGGGGUCGGACGCGGACACGUUCGACGUGGUGUGUCCGUGCCCGGUCCCAUUCCCGCCAGGACCGAACCCGCGCCUGCUCUUGCCGCUGCUGCCCGCGUUGCCGUACAUCGCGCCCACGCCCGCUGCGCCUGCGGACGUCACGGAUCCGGGGCUGGCUGGACCGUAUGCGGAGCGCGCUGGCUCUGAACGGGAGGGAGAGAAGUCGGUCGUUGUGUUCGCGGUCUGCGAGUAGCCCAUAAAGGGCUGCACUGGCUCGGACAUCAGGUUCGCUGCACUCUUUUCAUUGACCCCGGUCUUGCGUCUCUUCCAGAAGCAAAAGCCCAAGGCGGCGAGGAUGGCCGCCACGACGAAUCCGCCUACUGCACCUCCUACAGCAGGGCCGAUGGACGAAUGGUGCGACGGGAAACCGUUGCCAGAGGAGCUGCCAGUUUGAGUUUGCGUUGCACCUGGUUUGCUGGAUGAGGUGGGUGAAGGGCAUCCCUGGGAGGUGUAGAGAGAAGCAUUGUUCGAUGCAGCAGAAACGGCCGACGUCGCCGUUUCUUCAGUGUAAACG